UAUAAAAAAUUGUAUCUCUCGACGCGCAUGGCUUGUACAUACGUAUUUUUUGAUAAAUACACUCGAUGUCGCCGGUAUCGGCUGCACUGAUCGCUUAUCCUGUGCGACUGUAUCACACUAUCCAAGGAGCGCAGCUAUUUUUGCACGUGUCAAUUUCGGUAUAUUAGAACUUAAAAAAAAGUGACAGAAGCCAAGCACCAAAAAAGUGCCCGAUAUUAUAACAUAUUUGAUAUCCAGUGAAACAAAAGAGAGCGAGAGAUUCGUUGAUUGUUCCGGCUGUAACACUGCACAAUACGUCCUGGGAGCAUGUGGAGAACGCACAUUAUUUUAAUUGUCGAGCUGCUGCUUUUAAAUUGGCUAUCGUUCGUGUCGCCAGGCAGGCAUCCGACCUGGUUGCAGGAGACCGAUCGAAAUCAAAGGCUGGACGAUUACGCGUCCGCCGCCGCUGCAGCCGAGGACGUCCGCGAUUUCGAGCCCUUCAGGCGCAACUUGGCCUUCCAUCAUCUGAGCGAAGACAUCGCCGAGGAGGAGGACAACGACGACAACGACAAUUACGAUGUCGCUGCGUUCGACGAGCUGGCUCGAGCCGGCCCUGCCCAGAGCCUCGAGCCGACCGAGACAUUCAGCAGGAGCGAUCGCAGCCUCCUGCCUGAGUAUCGCGGUUUGUGCGAGUCAGUGACGCGCAAAGUGGACUUGAAGAGCGAUCCGAAUUACGAGUACCAGCCGUCCCACUAUCACGAGGUCUUUUGCAAAAGCUACACCCUGGCGAGCGACGAGCCGCAGAAGCGCGUCUCUGCGCCGUCCAAACAGAAAUGCGCCCACCCGAGCUUCCACUGCGUGCAACGAAGCCGGACGCUGUUCAUGCUGCGCCGCCGAUGGGACGACGCCGAGUGCUGGGAGCCGGCCACCAAAGUCAUCGCCAGUGGAUGCGAGUGCAUGUGGCCCGUCUCGAGCCUCGGUGACAUCAAGCUCCACUACUGAUUGCGACGUCGCCCGACUCUCAUCGGCCACAAAUAUAACAAUGUUACCAUAUUAUAUAAAAGCUUUUCUUUCAAUUUUACCUCUGUACAAGCCUGUUGAAAAUACAAUUUUUACAUUACCUCUUGUCGCUGCACAGCCACGGUUUGCCAGAUUUUCAUGAUCAAUCAUCUAAUUUCUCGAAUAUUUAUUUAUUGCGAUCGCUCUCGUGUCAAUAAAUCUUGCUUGAGUUGUUUUUUUUUUCUAAUCUCCAUAAGUUACAAAAACCACGGUACGAUUUAACUAUAAUCAAGGAAAGU